GUCCUCGGUGUCCUCGCUGCCGCCGUAAUGGCGUGCAGGAGAGGCUGCUGUUGCGGUGUGGUGAACGAGGAUAACGCGCGGUUUCUGAUGCUGGCGGUGCUGAUCGUGCUAUAUCUGCUGUGCGGUGCUGCUGUGUUCUCUGCGUUGGAGCAGCCGAAGGAGCUACAGGCAAACGAGCAGUGGGCGCAGCGCUUCGAGAGAUUCACCCAGAAGCACAACCUUAACCGGACCGACUUGGAGACAUUUCUCCGGUUCUAUGAGGAGGCGAACAUCGCCGGUAUCCGCGUGGAUACACUGAGACCGCGCUGGGAUUUUACCGGCGCCUUUUACUUUGUUGGGACCGUGGUGUCGACCAUAGGAUUUGGCAUGGCCACCCCGACCACGGUCAGUGGCAAAGUCUUCCUCAUCUUCUAUGGCCUGAUUGGCUGCGCUUCCACCAUCCUAUUCUUCAACCUCUUCCUGGAGCGCAUCAUCACCGUGCUCGCCUUCGUGCUCAAGUCAUGCCACGAUCUGCAGCGCCGGCGCCAGGGCGUCAUGCCCCGCGAUGGCCUCAGGGGGGCGCCACCGCCAGGACCCAGAGAUAGAGACAGGGACAGUCUGGCUGGAUGGAAGCCUUCUGUGUACUACGUGAUGCUGAUUCUUUGUGUAGCUGCUGUGGUGAUAUCCUGCUGUGCCUCGGCCAUGUAUUCAGCGGUGGAGGGGUGGGGCUAUCUGGACUCGCUGUACUUCUGUUUUGUGGCGUUCAGCACCAUCGGGUUCGGGGACAUGGUAAGCAGCCAGAGGGUUACGUACGACGGGAACCAGACAGCCUACAGACUGGGGAACUUCCUGUUUAUAUUGAUGGGUGUCUGCUGUAUCUACUCACUGUUCAACGUCAUAUCCAUUGUCAUCAAGCAGACUCUCAACUGGCUGCUGAGAAAGCUGGACAUCUUCUGCUACCGAGGUUGCUGCCACUGCUGCCCCGCCGGGAUCGCGAAGAGAUUGCACCCGCGCCGGAAUGCCGUGAUGCCCAGCGGCACUGGACACGGACACUCCCGGGCGCAGCGGACUGUCUCCAUAGAAACGGACGCGUUGAACGAGAGUGAGACGGAUGGAGGACGGCGGAUGUCAGGGGAGAUGAUCUCCAUGAGGGACUUCCUGGCAGCCAAUAAGGGGAACCUGGACCUGAUGCUGCUGUCGGAGGCAGCAGCCAAUGGGAUCCCUCGGCCUUCCGUCUCCAACCAAAACAGACAGAAUGGUUUCUCUGGGGGAGUAGGGGCGCUGGGCAUCAUGAACAACAGGCUGGUUGAGACCAGUGUGGAUAGAUGACUGGAUAUUACAGUCAUUAUGCAGGCUUACUGCACAUCAUACAGAGAAUGAUCAAAACAGAUACUGCAUCUCUCAAAACCAUGUGAUUCGAGAGACAAAGUGGACACCAGGUGCUCACUGAAGGAGGGAUUCCCAAAACCUGGUUUGGGUCGGGUACAAAAGCUUUACAUAGGUCACAGUUGGAAAAGGUUUUGGAAUGGAACCAUUGCUGUAGCCCACUGAACGUGGUCCAUAGAGAGACUGUAGACUGUAGAGAAAACAACUACAAUAAGAAUAUCAGAAAACAUCAUAUGGAGUCUCAAAGAGCAGACCUCAUCCGAGCUUUACAUAGCGUGAUAAUGACUCAUCGUUUAUCAGCAAUGCGUGGCACUCUUCGUUAUGCAUGGCAGCCAUUUUGUCCCAGAAUGUUCAGUGACCGUGACACAUCAGCCAUUGUGGUGGAGAUGUUAAGGGGUUAUGACGCCAAACGGUCUUGUCCAUGAUCAUGUUUGCCUUUCCCUUAUUGACAUGUGUACAGUAUUUGUUAUUGACAGCUAUGGUGUUGUUUUGUAGGAGACAGAUCAUGCUUUUAUGCUUGAAUAGGUGCUCAGAAAUUGAAAUCAGUUGUCAAAUACAUAAAGAUCUUGAUUGAGGAACUCCUCUUCACUCUGCUAUAAAAAAAUCAUCACGAUAUCACACUAUAUUACAAAUACGGUUCCAAAAAAUGUUAUAAAACUACAAGGAAAACACUGUACUGAUACAUUUGAUUGAUUCUAAAAGUGCUAGCUGUCAUUUAUCUGUAACAGAAUAGUACUUCUUCCUCUCUUUCGUUUUUAAAUAUGAAUAAGAAAAAUUGAAAGAAGACUGAAAUCUAUUACUUGAAAUUGCACAUACUAAUUUCAAACUUGCCCUGCGCCCCUUUCAAUAGAGUUAAAAAGGAGACAUUUGCAAUGUUUCAGGAAAAACCGAAAUCAAUUAAAGUAUGCAGGAAUAAAUACAAUUUACUUAUAAAUUCUGUUUAUAUCUCAGCGCUCCACUUCUCGUCUUUUGAAGGUAGAACUUAAUGUACACGUGGCUCUGAAUUGCUAAUCGGACAGCUGUUGUGUUUGUAGCUGGAUACCUGAUGUAUGUGUGCGUGCGGGUGGGUGGUCUGGAACAUGGAGUCACCACACACCUGAAUAAUGGAUGAUGCAGGACAUCAAAA